GCUCGGCGGGGCGGCGGGAGGAGGCGGUGUCGCAGCCGGCUUCCCGGGCCGGAGCGGGGCAGUGCAGUACUUCCCUCCCUCCCUCCUUCCGCCUCCCUCCGCUCCGUCGGCGCCAGGGCUCUUUCCGCGGCGGCGGCCGGGAAGCUCAGACCUUUACGCUGCACAAGUGAAGAAGCAAAUCUCUUUAUGCUCUGCCUCAUCUGGCCAGCUGCAGUCAAACUCCUCGCAGCAUCCUGAAGUCCUGGUGAUGGCACCACAGCAGGAACUGAUAUUCAAUGGCUAAAAACAGAGGUGACAAGUGGCUGAAAUGAAUACGACUACUAUCCUACAAGAGAUUUUGAUUAAAAGAUCACAGCAGAAGAAGAGGACUUCUCCAUUAAACUACAAAGAGAGGCUUUUUGUACUUACAAAGUCUAUGCUAACGUAUUAUGAAGGUCGAGCGGAGAAAAAGUACAGAAAAGGAUCUGUGGAUAUUUCAAGGAUUAAAUGUGUAGAAGUUGUAAAGAGCGAUGGUAUUAUUCCCUGUCAAAAUAAAUAUCCAUUUCAGGUUGUAUACGAUGCUAAUACGCUUUAUAUUUUUGCGCCAAGUGCACAAAGCCGGGAUCAAUGGGUGAGGAAUCUGAAAGAAGAAAUAAAGAACAACAGCAAUAUAAUGGUAAAAUAUCAUCCUAAAUUCUGGACAGAAGGAAUUUAUCAGUGCUGCAGACAGACAGAAAAAUUAGCACCUGGCUGUGAAAAAUAUAAUCUUUUUGAAAACAGUGUAAUGAGACUGCCGUCUCCAAUGCCAGAAAAAAGUGUGCGGAGGCCGCCACCGCCUGUUCCUCCAGUUGAAGAAAAUGGCAAUGAAGAGGAGGAGAUAGUGGUAGCAAUGUACGACUUUGAGCCUACAGAGCAUCAUGAUUUAAGAUUAGAGAAAGGUCAAGAAUAUACGGUGAUUGAGAAGAAUGACCUUCACUGGUGGAAGGCAAGAGACAAAUAUGGAAAACAAGGAUAUAUUCCAAGCAACUAUGUAACAGGAAAGAAGUCCAACAACCUUGAUCAAUAUGAGUGGUACAGCAGAAACCUGAACAGAAGCAAGGCAGAGCAGCUCCUCAGAAAUGAGGAUAAAGAAGGUGGUUUUGUGGUGAGAGACUCAAGUCAGCCUGGCCUGUAUACAGUUUCCCUUUACACAAAAUUUGGAGGAGAAGGCUCAUCAGCAAUAAGACACUACCAUAUAAAAGAAACAGUGACAUCACCAAAGCAGUACUACCUCGCAGAAAAACAUCUCUUUAACUCAAUUCCAGAAAUAAUUGAGUAUCAUAAACAUAACGCAGCAGGUCUCGUUACCAGGCUGCGUUACCCAGUGACCCCAAAGAAAACGACAGCACCAACAACAGCAGGAUUCAGCUAUGAGAAAUGGGAAAUUAAUCCCUCGGAACUGACGUUCAUGAGAGAACUGGGGAGCGGUCUCUUUGGCGUAGUGCGCCUUGGGAAAUGGAGGGCGCAGUAUAAAGUGGCCAUCAAGGCAAUUCGGGAAGGUGCGAUGUAUGAAGAGGAUUUCAUUGAAGAAGCUAAAGUAAUGAUGAAGCUAACACAUCCUAAAUUAGUUCAGCUUUAUGGUGUGUGCACACAACAGAGACCUAUUUACAUCGUGACAGAGUUCAUGGAGCAUGGCUGCCUUCUCAAUUACCUGAGACAAAAACGGGGAGUUUUGAGUAAAGACGUUCUGCUCACUAUGUGCCAAGAUGUAUGUGAGGGAAUGGAGUACCUGGAGAGAAACAGCUUUAUCCACAGAGACCUGGCAGCCAGGAACUGCUUGGUGAGUGACUCAGGUGUGGUCAAAGUGUCAGAUUUUGGAAUGACAAGGUAUGUCCUUGAUGAUCAAUACACAAGCUCCUCAGGGGCUAAAUUUCCUGUGAAAUGGUGCCCCCCAGAAGUUUUUAAUUAUAGCCGAUUCAGCAGCAAGUCAGAUGUCUGGUCGUUCGGUGUUUUAAUGUGGGAAGUAUUUACAGAAGGAAAAAUGCCCUUUGAAAAAAGCUCCAACUAUGAAGUGGUAACGAUGGUUAGCCAAGGACAUCGUUUGUAUCGGCCCAAACUAGCCUGUAAGCAGGUGUAUGAAAUGAUGAUGAUGUGCUGGCAGGAGAAACCAGAGGGACGCCCGACUUUUGAAGACUUGCUUCACACAAUCAUUGACAUUGCAGAGGGUGAAGAUGCUUUCUGAAAAAAAGAAAGCAGCGCAAGUACAGGAAAGAAGUUACUUUCCAGAGAUGUGGUUUCACUAUUUCUUUUUAAAGGCUUGAUCCUGUAAGCUGCUGGAUGCUGCUAAACAGCACGGGGAACCUGUAACACCUGAUCCACUCCGGCACAAGGAGAGUUUUAUAUGAUGUUGGGAAAUGAGCUCAGUAUCUUCAGCAAUACUAGCAGCUUCUCUAUUUUCUCUGAAAAGUCAGCAUUGCAUAGCUGGCAAGUUGAGUUCUUUAUGGAGCAAGAAAGAGAAUAUGGCCAAAGCCCAGGAGCCUAAUUUGCAUUUACUGGGUUGGGUUCGUGUACAUACAGUCCAUGUUUCUGAGUUUCUCUUUACACAGGCAGUAGUAGUAGUAGUGAUUGAAGGAAUCUGUAAAUGGCUAUUUACUGACAUUGAAAUGUUUCUAGAGAUUCUCCAGAAACAUUAUUUUUCUUGGUUGAUGGGUGUUUUGUGACACAUCAAGAACAUAAAACUUGCCUCUUUCAUUUGCACAUAGUAGGUUAACAGCACAGUCUUCAGUUUAGUGUAACACUCAAAAAGCUUUGCUUCAGAACCGAGCUGUGAUACGUGGCAAGCCAUUCUACGUUGUUUGGUCAACCAGAGACCUCCCAUGGUUAGUCUUGAUGUUACUCGUGAAAAGUAAGUCCAAGAUUCAGCACAACUGGCUGUCAGUGUACAAUAGUACCUUGUUUUGGAUUAAUUAUAAAAUAAUUUAUAUGCUGUAUGUAUUGUAAAUAUAUAAUUCCAUGCACUUAUUUAUAGAAAGUGUUUUCCCCUUGAAAUUUUCAAGCACAAGUUUGUCCUACCUUCACUUACAUGCACAAGUUGACACAUGGGGUUGUAAAGUGUUCUCAAGUGUGUUUAAGGAGGGCUCAUCUUUGUCAUCUGUAUGUACAGCGAUGUAACCUUUCUGUUCUUCACAGAAAAUGUUAUACUACAGGUGUAUGUAAAUAAACAGAAUGUUAACUGUUGUUUGGAACCAACUAAUGUGUUGCCAGUAAUUUACUGUUAGUGUGUUAUAAGCCAAACUCAUUGUUCGUGUGAAUAUGGUGUUACGAUAGUCCAUGUAAGUGUGUAUAUAUAUCUGUGUGUAUACACACUCUAUACUAAAAAUAUAUAGUGGUAUGAAUAUAUAUUUAAAUGAAUUUGGCUAUGAUGAAAUGUUCAGUGUAGAAAUGCCUGAGCGUAAUAAAAAAUAGAUUGCACAAAAACUUUUUUAAAUUUUUUUGCAAGUAGUCAGACACGAGUAUGGUGAAGUUUAUUUCCAAUCAAAUUAUUUUAAGAUUUAAAAUUGCUAUUUUCUUUUUCUUAAUGACAAAAUCUCAGAUUAUCACAACUGUGCAAAGAAACCUGUUGGUCUUGAGUCCAAACCACUACCCAAUCACUGCCCAACUGCAUGUAUUGUUAAAGAGGAAAAUCUAGGGGUUUCUACCUGUAGUAGAAAAAUGAACAUGUAAGAUCUAAUGUAAGCUGACCCUAACUGCUACUUUGCACCCCAGUUUUUCAGUGGAGACCCCGCAAAGCAGGGAAUUGCCAACACUUUUGACACUGUCAUGAGGAAUUCUAUAGUAAUAAGUAAUGUUUCCCUUAAAACACAAACGAAGCACAGGAAAAUCAGGAGAUUAAUAGUUUCCAAUGACCCUUAAGCCUGUUUCUGUCAAUAAUUAUUUAUUGUUAAUUUAUAUGAUAAAACAUAUGCAAACUGCUGACUUUCAGCAGCAAUUUCUUCAUUGAGGUGGGUGCUUUGAAUCCAUCCCCUUUGCCUGCCUCUUCCCAGUAUCUGAGGAUCACUUCUGCAUUCCUCCCAUUGGGUUUGAUACUUACUUAGGAUGCCAAAAACUGUGAGGCACCUAUUUUUUAGAGGAAAGCAUUUUUUUUUUUUAGUUGAUCGUGGCCUUAGAUGGUUAAUUUUGUAAAGGAUCAGAACACUUCUGGAGGCAGAUGUCUUGCUAACUCUCCCGAUGUCUUCAAAGGCAGGUCGAAAUACUACACCAUCAUAUCUUCUGGAUGAGCUCUCUCAUCCUUAAGCAGCUUCAGUCCUUCUUCCUCCUUGUAUUAUAACUGAAUUUAUUCAAAUGUUAGGGUCAAAAAUUCAUCUGAACAGACCUGUAUGUUGUGAUUUACGUUCACUGCAUUUUUUUUUAAAGAAAUACUUAGCCCUACUAAUUACAGUUUAAUAAUUUUUUUUUCUGUAAAAUGUGUGUUUGAUACUAGAAAGCAGACACUUUUUCCACUUUUUUUCUUUUGAAAGAGAUGUGAGAUUAGUAUCUAGUCUGUUUGGAGCUUCUUUUUGUUUAAAAAAAAAAAAGUGGGUAGGUGGGGUCAAGCAGUAUUUGUGGUUUACCAUGUUUCAUAUCAGAGCGAAGAGCUCAGCUAGGGCUGUUUUACUGGCACAACUGAUGAAGAGAGGUUUGCAUUUUCAUUUGAUUGUAAGCGGACAACCAGAUAUGAUUCUUUCUACCUGUAAGUAAACUGGGCUGUGUAUUUUCAUCUUGCAGUUUCUUGUGCAGCAGCAGUGUAUACUUAGUAAAUGAGCUAUUUAAUUAUUGCCAUAAAAAUACCAACCAGCUUUCUCUUAUGCUGCUCAGGUGAUCUCUGUUCAGAUUGCUAGUGUUGACUUUUGAAAUCUGUACAAAUAUGAAUCCUUUGUAUGAUGGAUUCGGCAAAGUAACUACUCCUAUAUACAGAUAGAGAGAUAUUCCAAUGUGCUGUCCUAAAAAGCAUGUGUAGCGUAGACAUGAAUAAAAAGUUUGGUAGAACUAGAGCUGUCUUUUUCUUCCAAAGCAGAAUUAAUGCACAGGGCACAGAAAGCCUCAGCUUGCACGUGCGAGAAGCUGAAAGCUUGUCUUUUAAAGUAUUUUAGAAGCAAACUGUACUGUGGCUUUCUAGAGGAUUUUCUAGUACUGUUGAAAACUGAGAUGCAUACCAUGUUAUAGUAAAGAUCUGGGGUUGAUGGGUGAAGCUGAGUUUGUCGUGUUGAACACUGUUAACCUGCUGCCAGAACAAGAACUUUGCACAAAACAUGCUAAAGGAGUGCAAACCUUAGACAUGGACUACAGCACUUUCACAAUUAGUAGUGCUUUGAGAAACACUGAGUCAGGUAAAAAAAAAAAAAUUAAGAAACUCAUGAAAUAAAAUUAUAAAAAUUAAUCUCUAACUUCUUGCUUGUAUCUUUGAUACUUCUUCCCCAAGGCUGUGAAUUAGUGAGUUAUAACUGAAGAUGGGAGGAAGAUUGCCCAUACAUAGGUGUGUGAAUUGGCUACCUGUACAGACAAUGCUAUCAACCCAAAGCAUACUGCUGGGUGUUGUGGGGCUUUAUCAGGACAGCUAGUGACAGCAGUGGACCAUCUCAAAGGACUUGUGUGUUUUCACUCUCCUGUCUCUGUUUUCAUGGGACUGUCUUUCAGUUUCUCAAGCAACCAGCUGUUCCUGGCAGCGGACCAAUCUUUUUCUUCUUCCUCUCACAUCCCGUCUGCUCCGUUGUGCACAGAUAAAUUUCUUUUCAGGCCUCUAAGUUGGUUAUCAAAAUGUCAGGUGCAAAUUUUUAGGCUGAGUAUUUGUCAGGCUAGCUUCAACACCAGUUUCCUAGUAUUUCCACUUCGUCCACGUGCAUCUCUUGCCAUGAUGUCUUUUCUCGUUUCAAAACUGCGCGUGCUAAAAGGUCUGAUUUUGAGCAUCAGAAUUUGAUAAGCUGUCAUGGCUCUGUGCUAGUGUUGGGAUUCCUAUUUGUUAACCUGUCACCAGGGAGAUAAUAUGACACUGUUUUAAAAACAAGCGUCUUCCUCCUAAUAUAGUAAUUUCCAGAAAGAAAAAGACAUGAGCAGUGAAAUAGGCUGUGGUUUUAUUUGUAGAAUUGGCUGAACUUUGUCUGAGGUUGCAAGCUUUCAUCAGAAAUCGAAGAAAUUAAAUUCUUCAUACAAUUGAAGGAGGAGGAUUUGGCAAAUUCUAGAUUCAACAGCUCAAAUACUCAUCUAGUUUGAUUUAAACUUAGGUUUUAAACUACUGACUUUAAUUGCUCCAUGAUAACUCACCCUGAGGAUCAAAGCGAAAUGUGUUGUGGUACCGUAUGUUUUGACAGAACUCAGGGAAAUGGGGGCUGAGAGGUCCAGUGGGGCUGUGGAUGCUGGAGAAAGCUUCCUUCCUGUGGAUUUAAAAGAAGCAAGCUUUGACCGCUUUUUCUGGAAGUUUUGGGAAAAUUUUUGGUUAUGUAGGAAAUGAAGCAGUGGGGCCUGAAGGUAAUGAUAGGUCCAUAAGUACUUUAUUUAACAGACUUCAGAAAUAAUUAAGUGUUAAAAACUAUGGGAUAGUUCUUUCUAUUAACCUAUAUUUCUUUCCUGUGUCCUG